UUUUGUUAUCAGUAUCGUGCGUGAUUUUUUUUCUUUUUCGAAUCAUUUGUUCAUUUUCUGCCGGCAGCCUGGUAAGCAUGGUCAUGGCUUGCAAUUUUCGAAUUAAUUUUAGUGUUUAUUCUCGCUAUAAAUUAUUUUCACCGCAUAACCAAUUUAAAAAAUGUUUUUACCCCAACUCCACAUCUGCAACCAGAUUAUUUUCACAAACUCGUCAUUUGUUAUCUAAUCGUAAAUACUCUGAAAAGCAUGAAUGGCUAACUCUUAAUGGGAAAGUAGGAACUGUUGGUGUAUCACAUUAUGCACAGGAAGCUCUUGGGGAUGUAGUUUAUGUCCAGGCACCUGAAAUAGGUCAAAAAAUUGGAAAAGAUGAGGAAGCUGGUGUUAUUGAGAGUGUUAAAGCAGCUAAUGAUAUUUACAGUCCUGUUAGUGGCGAAGUAACAGAAAUUAAUGAAAAACUAACAGACAAGCCUAGCUUAAUAAACGAGUCAUGUUAUGAUCAAGGUUGGAUUUAUAAAUUAGAAUUAUCUGAUUUGAAAGAAGUAGAUACUUUAAUGGAUGAAGAAGCCUACCAGAAUUAUCUAAAAUCCAUCCAUUAAAAUAUA